AGUAAUUCAGUCUUGUGUGACGAAUCGUUCUGUCUGAUUACUGGGAACAAUAAGGUUUUGUCCUUUUUCAGAUAAACGAUAAGUGUUUUUCCGCGAUAAAAAAACAAACAAAAACCGAUUUUCUUUUUCUAGCUUUCUAAAUUUCUAUAGAAACUGACGUUUUUAGAUUAGAUCCGAUCCUGGUACAAUUUCGAUUUGAUAGGACUUAUCAGUGUCAAUUUCGCGAUUAAUUUAUCCGGUCGAAAGUCUAAUUAGUCACGGGUCGAAAUUCGGCCGUCAGCGUCGGCGCCCUCGCAGAUUCCAAUUUACAUUGAAAAAUUACUUUUAAAGUCUGUUGAGGUUCUUUUUGUCGUUUUAUGUAAUUCAGCGAGUUGGAAGAGAGAAGGUUCCAGGAUGUCAUACGCGAUAAACGGAAACGUGAAAAAGGCUUCACCCUACUGCGAAGACGAUGUCUCCGAUGAGGCAUUUCUCAGAAAUAGACGAACGGAGAACACCGCCAACAGCAUCGAAGAAAGGCAGAGAGAACUGCUUCUCAAACGAAAGGAAAUCGAACAAAGGACUAUUAAAUCGACUGAGAAGUCCCUGAGCUAUUUGAGAAGUUCGGAGGAGGUCGGAGUAGCGACUGCCGAGGAACUCCUUCGCCAAAGGGAACAACUGGAAAGGACUGAAAAACGCUUAGAUGAUAUAAACUCGACAUUACGAUUCAGUCAGCGCCAUAUUCAAGGGAUUAAGAGUGUUUUUGGUGGUUUGAAGAAUUUUAUUAGUGGUGGGAAAAAUUUACAGAAUAGAGAUGUUAAGAAUCCUAGUGAAAGUAUGUCCAGUACGUCUUCUUCUUCCCACGGCCUGCAUAACAACCCACUCGUACAAAAUCCAAAGGAUGAUUCUAUGCAUCCAGGGUUACGAAUUCAUGAUUUUUCUUUGGAUGAUUCUCAACUACCGACCAAUUCAAAUACUCAGGAAGUGAUAGACGAAAAUCUAGGCCAAAUGCUCAAUUCCAUUACUAAACUCAAAGGUCUAGCACAUGGAUUAAGUGAAGAACUAAACUCUCAAAAUGACAUGAUAUUUAAUGUUAUUGAAAAAGUGGACAGAGCUGACACCACUAUUCACAAACAAAACAAGGAUAUCAACAAAUUGCUAAAAUAAACAACAAAAAUGUUCAAUUUUUCUAAAUUUAUAUAUAACUAUGUAUUUCAAAAGUGAAUGUUUAAAUAUUAUUACUUUAUUUUGAUAAUAGAACCAAAGCAGAAAAAAAUUCUAUAAUUUGUGAAAUAGUUCAUAAAAAAAUCAGUUAUAUACUUAUUUGUUAUGUGUACAUCACUACUAUCAACAUAUGAAAAAAAUUUUUGGUCAAUAAAUGUGGUUAUUGUUAUUGUGUUAUUAUUACUAGUUUAGUCUUAUUUUAUAAAAAUAUUGUAAUAUAUUUUAAUAUGUUUAUUACUUUUUUGAACUCUCUUUAAUUGUUAAUUUUUUUUUGGUCAAAAUUAUUUGUACAGUGUUAAGGCCAGGUGUAAGAGGGAGAAUCUAUGUAUAUCAUGUGCUAUGAAAUAUUAUUUCUAGUAUUAUUGAAAUUAUUCUAAUAUUAUUAGUCCUGUAUAAAGCAAUACCAAAUUUUGUGCAUUAUAGCUUUUAAUUUUUAAAGUAUUCGUUCUUUCCAAAGCAUUUGUGUUAUGCACUGUAUUAUCUGUGUUAUUAUUAUUUUAAAAAUUUAUCAGUCUACCAAAAGUUAUAAAUAUGUAUACAGAAAUUACAUUCCUAUAAUUUCACUUGUACCAACGUAUUUAAUAAAUUGUGUGUCUUAAAAAAAAAUAAAAUUUUAUAUUUUCUGUUCA